AUGGAGGAUAUCACAGAUGCCAAUAGAGACACAGAUGUGUCUUCAACUACUGCUGAUGUGCCUGAGAUACAGGAAAUUUCAGGCUCAAAUGGUAAUGUGGAGAUGGUUAUUACUAUUGAAAAGAUUGAGACACCAGAAGAAGAUGAAAACACAACUCCACCUCAAUCAUCUGCAGAAGGUAAGGAGACUGAUGCCACUAUGGUGUCAGUAGAACCUUCUGUGGUAGAGAAAUCCCCUAUUAGUAAGGAAUCACCUCACAAAAUAAAUUCCACUCGAAAAGAGGCAGUGACACCAAGAAAAGAAAGUUCAUCUCCUAUUAUUACCGUUAAUUCACCCAUAACUAUAUCUCCCACAAAAGAAACUGAUAGAAUUGAAGUUGCAACUCCAACUAAAACUACACCAAGGAAGGAAACUAUAAAAAUUGUUAUUACUUCACCAAAAGAUGAGAAGAACCAAAGUCUUAAGACUACUCCAACAAAGGUUUCAGACCAAAUUGUUGAUUCCUCUUCUAAAGCAUUGUCUCCGUGCAAGGAGCUGGAAAAAGUUAUAGACCUGAAUGAAACAUCAGUCAAGGAAACUGGGAAUGAAGCACAGACUGUACAAGAACCACCUAUUGCUACCUCUUCUGAGGAUAUAGCUAUAUCCACAGAUACUACAAACACAGAAGAAUUAACUGAUUCUUCUGGGACAAUUGCCCCAAAUGAAAAUCAAAAAGAGACUGUGUCUUUUAAACCUCCCAUAGAUAACUGUGAUAAAUCUAAUGACUCCCAGCUAGAUGCCAACUCUGAUGUAAGUGAAAAAGAGCAUAAUAAAAGUAUAAGUCGAGAACUUAAGUCUCUCAUUAAGUCUGCAAAGGAAUCAAAGAUAAUAAGUGAAUGUACUCAACUCACAAGCAAGACACGGAAGUCUAGAACACCGUUGGAGUUGAACACCUCUGUGGAAACAGAGAAAAUAACCCCCCGACGUAAUAGUAAUGCAUCAAUGAAGAGUAACCAUAGUGAAAAGUCAGAAAAAGCUGUCAAAAGAUCUAUGCGGUCACAGAACCCAGAAUUUGUGAAUAAGGUUAAGCAAUUUCUAAACUCUGUAGUUGGCAAAAACAAUGAUUAUGAUGAUGACCUGAAAGAUGAGGCAAAGAAAGAGUUAAAUGAAAAAUCACCUUCUCAGAAAAAGAGGAGAUUUCCAGAAGGUCCACUUAUUAAAAGUGAUAAGAAGCUACGAACAGACCCAUACUGCUGGCGUUGUCAUUGGGCCAUAGAACUGGGCACAAAUGAGAAGACAAGGCCUCCAAUGCAAUGUACGGUUUGCCCACGGGUUUAUCACUACAAGUGUCUAUCAAGUAAUGAACGGAAAAAUAUUGAUAUGGAAAGGAGUUGGGUGUGUCCUGAAUGUUUGGCAAUAUUGUACGCUGAGAGCUCUGAUACUAGAUCAAUAUCAUUGAAGCAUGUCUCCGUGAGCCAUUUGGGAGAACUCUUGCAACAUGCCCUCACACGUAUGAUUGAGCUAAAUGGGGUGGAACCGUUUAUGCAGCCAGUGGAUAGAGCCCUGUUCCCGGACUACGACAAGUGUGUAGUACACCCGAUGGACUUAUCGCAAAUGCAGAGGAACAUUGCGAACGGACUUUACGGAAGUCCCGAGGCCUUUUUGUCGGACGCGCAAUGGAUUCUACACAACAGUAUUAUAUUUAACACAUUGCAAUCGAAGCUGACACUGGCGGCGCGUGCGCUGGUGAGGUUGUGCCGCAGCGAGAUGGGCGAGAUCGAGGCCUGCCCCGAGUGUUACGCGGCCGCCCACAACCGGAGGCCCACCUGGUUCACCGAUGUCUGCUCCAAACCGCACAUUCUGCUAUGGGCCAAGCUCAAAGGUUUCCCCUACUGGCCCGCCAAGGGGAUGUCCGUGAAUGGGUCCGGCGUGGUGGACGUGCGGUUCUUCGGAGCCCACGACCGAGCCUGGGUGCCCGCCAAGGACUGCUUCCUGUACUCCGAGAAGGACCCCAACAACGUGCGGUCCAAGAAGCAGAUUGUUGACAGUAUGCAGGAGGCUGAGCAGUACAUUCGGAACAUUUCGCGCAAAUAUGGCAAGUUUGUUUAUCCGCCCUUCAAGACGCCCUUCGAACCGACCAACAUUAACGAACAGUUUAAAUUAAUGAUUCCGAGUUUCGAAGGAGAAUUGCGAUUUCAAAUCAAAGAUAAAUGUGGAACGGCGUCUCCGAAAAUAAAGGAAAAGAGACGGUCGAACUCUAAAAGCUCUGUUGUCGAUGGUGAUGCCAGUGAUAAUGAAGUAAUGCAAGAUUCACCUCCAAAAGUCACUGAAUCAACGGAAGAGAAUAAUCCUGAUACGGUUGAAGUAGAGAUUCCUAUGGACCUUGAUGAAAAAAAAGAUAAAGAAAAAAAAGUUUCGAGAAAACGACGUCGAUCUGAAGCAGAGGAUUAUGUCAUAGUAACAGAUAGUACUAAAGAGAAACGUAGGCGCAUUGAAAAAGAGGCGACCACACCCAAACAGCCAGAAAAACAAACGGACAAAACAAAAAAAGUCAUCGAAGACAAAGCAAAGGGAGAGGAAAAUAAAUCGGAAAAGGUAGAAGAGAAAAAGAAAGAAAAAAUCAAGCAGAAAGACGAAAAUAAAGAAGUACCCAAUAGUACCACUAAGGAAAUAGUCGUUUCCGUCAACUCCCCCAAAACUCCGAAACCUAUAGUCAAAGCGAAGGACAAAACGGACAAACCGAGAAGAACGAUCGAAAAGAGUGCGGAGAAAACAGAAGAGAGGAAAGAGAAGAGACUCUCGAGAGGGAAAUCUCUUAUCAUCAACAACGUGAGCGCCGAUAAAGAUAAAACAUCGAGACCCAAAGUCAAAAAAGUUACAAAAAGCACGGACGUGGAGAUUCUGAUAAGCAAAAACAUGAUCAAUAAGAAUUUGAACAAGAGUCUGGAGAAGUUCAAGCCGUCGAAGGAGCGCCUGCGCUUCGACGACGACACCACCCUGGCCGUGCUGGCCCGGGAGGUCUCCAAGACCGGAAUGCCCACCAUCACCUCGGUCCGAAGUCUUUCGGAACAGCAGUCGCAGCCGAGCCUGAUCGAGGUGUCCGUGGACGCCAAUUCCAACGCAAGCGUUCUCACGAGCGCGGAGACUGCGAAGGACAGCGACAUAUCGGCGAAGACCCGAGAGUCGGAGCCCCCGGUCGGCAGGGUCGGGGUCAGAGCCUUCGCCCGGAUGCAGACGGAGAACGCCCCGAGUUCGGACAUCGAAAUUAAACCGGAGCCGAUGGACUUCGACACCGAUCGGCAAAUGGAAAAGUUGGAGGUGAUGAACUCCUUCCGAUUGCAGCCCGUGAAUCCGCCGGCGACGAAAUUACGCGAGGUGCGAAUUAAUAAGUUGGUCGUCACGCCGAUUAAUAGGAAAAAACCGGAAAUUCGCGUGAAAGCGAAGAAGACGUUUCCGCAAGCGAAGAAACCGGAAGGAUCCGAGUUGAACAGCAAGAAUUCGAUGGUAUAUAUUCCGAUUCAGCCGGCGAGCGGUCAGGCGCCGGUGAGACCCAACAGACCUGUCACUAAUGGAGUCCAAGUUCAGGUUUCUGCUAGUGUUGCCACCCCAACAACAACGAGCCCUCUAACUCCGACGACCUCGGCGACCGUGUCUCAGAUCACGCCCACCUCGAUCAGCAUGGGCGUGGUGUCCAACAUGGCCAGUAUGUCCCAAGGCCCCAACGUGCACACGGUCCCGCUCAUCACCUCGGUCAACGGCCAGUGGGCGUUCAGCCUCCAACCCGUCAUGUCUGUUGGGGGAGUCGAUAGCUCAAAUGGUCCUUCGGUGAACGGAAUCGACCGUCCGGGGACCUUGGUGGCCGUUCCCACUCCCGUCAGCUCUAUGGCCCAACUCAACCCACAGAGGAAAGACGACGCACAGCUGCCGCGGCUGCAGCACAAGCCGAUGCUGAACCCCUUCGACACGAACAACUCCAGGCCGGUGCCGGCGCCGUCCACCGUGGGACCUCUCACUGCGAAGCUCAACCAAAAUGCCUCUAAGCUGACGGACUUCUUCCGCAACUUGAUGGAGGAGACUCUGGAGAAGGUGAACGAGCCAGCUGCCCACGUGACGUCACUAAAGCUGCAGCUCGAGCAGCUGCAGUGGAAGCACAGGCAGGAGCUGGACGAGUUAAAGCAUAAUCAUGAAUUAGCAAUGGUGGAGAUGCGCACGUCUUUAGAGCGGGACAAGAAUCGUGCGGUUAACGAGGAGAGGCGGACCAUGCACCUCAAUAUGGAGGCCGCGGUUAAAACCGCCAAGUCUAAGCAAUGGUGCGCCAACUGCAGCCAAGAGGCCCAGUUCUACUGCUGCUGGAACACCUCGUACUGCGACUACCCCUGCCAACGAGCGCAUUGGACCACGCACGCAGCGCUUUGCACUCAGGCGCAGGACAGCAAUGGAACUGACAAUUCUAAAGACAUCCAUGCGAGAUUGCAGCCAGCACCAGAGCGUUUGACGCAAAACAAAAACCCAUCGAAACCCACCCGAGUCUACACCAAGGAGAUGCCGAAGACUUCGCUUAUAGGUACACCAAUCAGUAUGGUAGAAGAUAGCACUGGAAAUCAAACUGUCAAGUGUGUGGGGACAUACAAACCUAACGCCCAGGCGCCGCCCGUCAUCAUUAAUAAACAGUUACAUAGCAAUGAGGAAGCGAAAAAAGUGACAACUUCCGGCGGAUAUUUGAUCGUGGGUGGGGGCAGCACGGUUUCCACACCGAGACGACCGACGAUACAGUACGUGCAUACUUCAUAG